AUGAGGGUCGAUAAGUGCUGGUUCUGCAGCAGCGCCAUCUACCCAGGUCACGGGAUCAACUUCGUGCGCAACGAUGCCACCGUCUUCAAGUUCUGCCGCAGCAAGUGCCACAAGAACUUUAAGAUGAAGCGCAAUCCCCGCAAGGUCCGCUGGACCAAGGCGUACCGCAAGCUCGCCGGCAAGGAGCUCGCCGAGGACGCGACGUUUGAGAUGGAGCGCCGCCGCAACCGGCCGGAGAAGUACGACCGCGACCUCGUCAUCAAGACGGUCAAGGCCGUGGAGAAGAUCAGCGAGAUCCGCAAGAAGCGCCAGGACCGCUACCACGAGAAGCGCAUGGCGCGCGCCAAGGCCGGCCAGGUGGCGCAGGACAAGCAGCAGCUCGAGCAGCAGAUCCAUCUCAUCAAGGCGCCCGCGGCCAUCCGCACCAAGGACAAGGCCAAGGACAAGCAGGAGAAGGUCAAGGUGCUCGCGGAGCAGCGCGCGGCGGAGACCAUGCAGGAGUGA